AUGGUCAAGCCCCUCACAUUCAAAGGCGACAAGCCUAAAAAGCGCAAGCAACGCGACCCCGAUAGCGAAAAGACCCCGAAAACCCGCAAGGUCGAACCAUCCGAAGCCGCAGAGAAUGACGACAAUCCACCCGAAGACCAGAGCUGGGUGUCCGCAGAAGCCGCGAGCGACAUUGCCGGCCCUGUGGUACUAGUUCUCCCAUCAGAUGAGCCGACGUGUGUGGCGUGCGAUGCAAAUGGCAAGGUGUUUGCUAGUGUGUUGGAGAAUCUGAUCGAGGGGGAUCCGUCGACGGCGGAGCCGCAUGACGUGCGACAGGUGUGGAUUGCGUCGAGGGUUGCGGGAACGGAGUCAUUUACUUUCAAGGGACAUCAUGGAAAAUACCUCUCCUGCGAUAGCCACGGCCUUUUCAGCGCAGACACCGCCGCAGUGUCCCACUACGAAUCAUUCCUCGCAAUUCCAUCCCCCGACAUUCCCGGCACAUUCUCACUACAAACACGCGGCGGUGAUGCCGAGUCAUUCCUGUGCGUCAAGGAGAGCGCCAAAGCUACUGGUGGCGUUGAGAUCCGGGGCGAUGCGAGUGCAAUCUCGUUCGAUACGACGGUUCGCAUCCGCAUGCAGGCGCGAUUCAAACCGCGACUGCGUGUCGCAAAGGAGACCAAGGCUUAUGAGAAGAUCAGUCGGAAGGAGUUGGAAGCGCUUGUGGGGAGAAAGUUGGAUGAAGAUGAGGUGCGGAGGUUAAGGAAGGCGAGACGGGAGGGGAAUUUCCAUGAGGAGAUGCUUGAUGUCAAGGUCAAGGGCAAGCAUGAUAAGUUUGCUUGA